UCCGGGCAUCUCCGCAAGUCUGUGGAUGACAUCAUUGAUAUUGUCAAUGGUGUAAACUGAGCUAGGACUGGGUGUGAGGGGGGAGGCAGAGAGAGGAGCAGCCGCGCAGUGGGGAGUGAAGGACCGCCAGCUCUGGCUUUUUUUCUAGGGGGAAAAAAAAACUAACUGGAUAAGCAAAAAUUCUCCGGGAAAUCAUCCAGAACCGCACGGCUCGCUGGAUCUGCUUUGAUUUUGUGUGUUUUGUGUGUGUGUGUCUUUUUUUUUUAUUUUGGGUUGAAGUCACAGAUCUCCGAGGUUAUGAGCCGUCCGAAGCCGCGCCGACACGUCGCUGUCCAGGGUCCUGAGUGAGACGGAACCAACGAGCGACCACAGAGCCGUGAGUUGAAAAGCUCGGGAGCAAUGGAGCUGCGCGUGGGGAACAAAUACCGCCUCGGCAGGAAGAUAGGGAGUGGAUCCUUUGGAGAUAUCUAUCUUGGUUCAAACAUUGCUACAGGAGAGGAAGUAGCCAUCAAGCUGGAAUGCGUGAAGACCAAACACCCACAGCUCCAUAUCGAGAGCAAAUUCUACAAAAUGAUGCAGGGUGGAGUUGGAAUCCCCUCAAUUAAGUGGUGUGGGGCGGAGGGUGACUACAACGUUAUGGUGAUGGAGCUUCUGGGUCCCAGUCUGGAGGAUCUGUUCAACUUCUGCUCCCGCAAGUUCAGUCUGAAAACAGUCCUGCUGCUAGCUGACCAGAUGAUCAGUAGGAUUGAAUACAUCCACUCUAAGAACUUCAUCCACAGAGACGUGAAGCCUGAUAACUUCCUGAUGGGGCUUGGGAAGAAGGGCAACCUGGUCUACAUCAUCGACUUUGGUCUGGCCAAGAAAUACCGUGACGCCCGCACACACCAGCACAUCCCCUACCGUGAGAAUAAGAAUCUAACCGGUACGGCCCGCUAUGCCUCCAUCAACACCCAUCUGGGCAUCGAGCAGUCAAGACGAGAUGACUUGGAGUCUUUGGGCUAUGUUCUCAUGUACUUCAACCUGGGUUCUCUGCCCUGGCAGGGCCUCAAAGCUGCCACCAAGAGGCAGAAGUAUGAACGCAUCAGUGAGAAGAAAAUGUCCACCCCCAUUGAGAUGCUCUGCAAAGGAUACCCUUCCGAAUUCUCGACCUACCUGAACUUGUGUCGCUCGCUGCGGUUUGACGACAAGCCAGACUACUCCUACCUGAGGCAGCUUUUCAGGAACCUUUUCCACAGACAGGGCUUCUCCUACGACUAUGUCUUUGACUGGAACAUGUUGAAGUUUGGAGCCAGCAGGGCAGCAGAAGAUGGGGAUAGGGAGAGGAAAGAGGGGAAAGAAGGGGAGGAACGAGCAGGAGGAGGCCAGAGGGGAGCUGGAAGCCGAGCUUUGCCAUCCGGUCCCAACCCUUCUGCAGCCAACAGAGUGAGGAAUGAGGCAGAUCCUGCUCCUUCCAACCCGGCCACGCGUGGGGUCCAGCAGUCAGGUAACCGAUCACCUCAGGCAGGGAGAGCAGAACGAGCCGAGCGAGAGAGAAAGGUGGCCAUGAGGCUUCACCGUGGGGCCCCUGCUAAUGUCUCAUCCUCUGACCUCACCGCACGCCUUGACCAAUCCCGCAUCACUGCGUCACAGGUCAGUGUGCCGUUUGAGCAUCUGGCAAAGUGAGUUUCUCCUCACUGGCCUGCAGGUCAGUGGCAGCAACUAAAGGGAAUGGAAUACCCCUUAUUUUUCAAAUGGAUGAAUGAAUUCGUGAAUGAAUAAAGGAGGAGGAAGAAGAGCAAGAAGAGGCGGAAGCAGCAUAGUGUGCCCUUUUUGGGAUUGAGGGCAUCCAUGUGUCUGUCAGUUUGCAGUGUGAGCAUGCUCAGUGUUAAAGCUCGCUGAGAUGAUGGAAACCUGGUGAAAUCAGAGUUUAAAAAAACAUCCAAACUGAAGCUGUUUGGUACUAUUUUUCAAACUGUGGCCAAAGGGGAGGUGAGGGAAACAAAACAAAGAUCCUGCCCCUUCACAUAUAUUUAUUUUCACAUUGUCUCAAAGGCUUUUGCACAAUAUAACCUACUAAAAAAUAUUUUAAAAAGACAUACAAUACAUCAAAGUGCACAAAAAGGACAAAAUUUGAAAAAAUGUGUGGUUUACACAUGUGAUAAAUGAAAAAAAUUGGCUAAUGUUUAAAAGCUACAUAUGCUGCUUCUGGUGUUUAUUAUAACGGGAUCUGUUAAACAACUCUGGAGAUUUUUGCAAAAAAUAAAUAAAUAAAUAAAACUAUCCAGGCAUAUAUGAAAAGACACAUAAGAAUCCUGCAAUGUGGAGCAUGUAGGGGAUCAGAGAGAGAGUGAACAUGAGAAAGUCUGUAGUGAAUAAGUGGACAGAAGUGAGGCUGUUUUUGUCAGUAAACUUGUCUGUGUUAUUGUCUUUCUAUUUAUUUUGCAUUCAGCUUUACUUCAGUGAGUAUGAGGAAAAGAAAGAUGGAAGUGGAGAAAUUUGUGAAUUAUAAAAAAAUAUGUAAUCUUUAUUAAAAAAGUCCUAUUCUUCAGCACACUUGUCUUACCUACAGGAGAAAUAGAAAAUAUAUUUACUUAAUGUGAAACGUGGAGGAAAAGUGAGACUGAUGGGAGUCAGCCUAAAAUGAGGAUUGUAUGAUAUGAUAAAGCCUUAGUCCAGCUUGUAACUCCAGGUAUGAAAAGACUUGAGAAAGUUAGAUCUUGGAAGUGAGCAAGUCUGGUGUUAUAUUUGUAUUUUUUGCUUUUUUUCCCAGUUUGUAUGACAUGUAAAUGUGUAGAUAUCUUUUGCCAGAAUGUGACAGAUUGAUUAGAGAUGGAGCUGGAAAGAAGAGGACAUUUUACCUCCUGACAUACAGUACCUGGGGCAAAAAGUGACAAGACCUUUUGUGAGAAACCUUUAGAGUCUGCCAAGAGUAUGGGUUUUGAUUAUCGCUCUGGCAGGCAAUGACAGAGAAGGCCCUGUAAAUACAUCUAAAGUACCAACCCAAGGAUUGAUGGAUGUCAGAAGGUGAUGACUGUCCUGUACAUUUCUUUACCAUGCUUCAACUUUAUUACUAUGAUAAUUGUGUAUAUUUUCUGAUUCAAUAAAAUAUACACAACCUC